CUCCGGAGUUGACCUCCGACCUCGCAGGAGGGAUGCCCCUCAACAUCUGGCCACGCCAGCCCCAGACUCUGGCUGUCGUCCGGCAAUUUAUUGUUGCUGGUUCAGCCUCUCUAUCGUUUGCGGCCGCUGGUAUGGCCUCAGCCUGGCCGUCGCCCACUCUCCCCAAGAUAGUCUCCCACGACGCCCCUGUCUCGCUAAACCUUAUUGAGAUGUCAAGGAUGGUGUCGCUUUACUAUGUGGGCAACCUAGUCAGCUGCCUUCCCAUGAGUUACCUGGCAGACAACUUCGGCCGCAAGAAAAUCCUCCUGUACUCCAGCCUGUUCACCAUACUCUCAUGGUUGAUAAUUCUCAUCGCCACGAGCGCAGUGCACUUGUACAUCGCAAGGUUUUUAGCUGGUAUACAACUGGGAGCUAUAGCUACCGUACAUUCUAUCUACAUUGGUGAAAUAUCUCUCCCCGAAGUUAGAGGGUCGUUAUCCGUUUUGAACCAUUUCAUGGUGUCUGCCGGUGCUCUUAUAAUGUUCGUUGUCGGUCCAUUUGUUUACUACUACGAUUUGGCGUUGAUUUCACUCGUGUUUCCACUUUUGUUUAGUCUAACGUUUGCAGCGAUGCCAGAGUCUCCUUAUUACUACAUGAUGAAAGAACAACCUGAGUUGGCAAGAAAAUCACUAUUUUGGCUUCGAGGUGGCAUCAACAAUAUAGAGCUGGAUAUGGAACUGAAACAAAUCGAGUCCUUUGUUAAUUCAGAAUUAAAAAAUAAAAGUUCUUUCAAAGAAAUAUUUGUGUCCGAGGCACCGAGGAAAGCUAUUAUUAUAAGCAUAGUUUUCACCACAAUGAAAAUUCUAUCAGGCUUUGUAGCAAUAAAUGUGUUUGCGUCGAUGACGUUGCCCCAUAGAUCGUUCGGGGUCUUGGAUCCCAACGAGUGUGUUAUUAUUCUAGGAGCAGUUAACUUGGUAUCGUCACUGCUGAUGGUUUGUAUAACAGACAUGUUCGCUCGCAAGCUACUACUUUACAUAUCCUGUACAGGGUGCGGCCUUACAAUGUUGGUAGUCUCAAUUUGGUAUUUCCUAGACGAAAAAACUUCGGUAAAUACAAGGAGUACAAACUAUUUACCAUUCACUAUGUUUCUUGUUCACGUUGUUCUUUACAACAUAGGGUGUGGAAACUAUCCGGGGUGUAUUAAAAGUGAACUCUUCCCUUCUCACGUUAAAACUAAAUCUUGUGCCCUAACAAACGUUAUAUUUGGGAUAGUAAGUUUUGUAGUUAUUAGGUUCUACUUGGUUGUUGCUGACCGGGAAGGUUUAUAUAUUAAUUUUAUUGUUUUCGCAAUAAGUUGCUUCCUUACUGUGAUAUUCACCGUAUAUUAUGUACCAGAAACCAAAGGAAAGACAUUACAAGAAAUACCAGUGGCGUAA